GACACACACGAGUGCACAUUCGUCUCUUCGUUCAUUUUUAUUCUACGAAAUAUGGACGAGUGAGUGACAACUAAACUUUUAAUUUCAUUCGUAAUUCAAUCGUCAUUGAUGCUCUAUUUUUUUGAUGUUUUACUUAUUGUGUGAAAAUAACAUUCAAUUCCACGACAGAAAGUUUGCUGGGGCGCUUAGCUCGCGAGUUUGAGAAUUAAAAUCAGUCCGGCAGCACCAAGAAAAUUAUUUACGUUUUUUGUGAACUGUGUGUUUAUCAUGAAAUUGUUCAUGUGCAAUGUUCCAACUAAAAAAAAAAAUUUUGUUUGAUAUUGUGAUGUGAUCACAAAAUUGAAAUUUUUAAAACCAACAACAAAUAUUCACCGAAAGGAAUACGGUGUGUCGACUAAUUGGAUUGUUUUUGUGGUGGAUUAAAGCAAAAGGUUUAUGUGGUGUACGAGCCUUGUGGAUAAUAAUUAUUUUACAUCAUCUCAGCGUCAACAAAUGUUAUGGACGCAACAUCAAUCAUUACAAGUGUUUCGCCCGAUGACGAACAAUUGAAUGUUUGCCCCGAUAAAGAUGACGUUGAAAGUCUGAAAUCACCACAACGGGGAAUAAUUCAAUCGAUAUUCUGUUGUUGGCGACGGAAUCGAACAAAAACAACACAAAAUGGUUUGCCAGUAUUUAACAGUGGCCAAUCGGUGUCAACAUUGCAGGGUCGACACCGACACCUGUUACCGCAGAUACGACAUCAAGAUAUGCAUAAGAAGUGUAUGGUAAUAGAUUUGGACGAAACAUUAGUGCAUAGUAGUUUUAAGCCAAUUGCAAACGCUGAUUUUAUAGUACCCGUAGAAAUUGAUGGUACAGUUCAUCAGGUGUACGUACUGAAGCGACCCCAUGUCGACGAAUUUUUGAAAAAAAUGGGUGAACUGUACGAAUGUGUACUGUUCACCGCUUCGUUAGCCAAAUAUGCAGAUCCUGUAGCCGAUUUGUUAGAUAAGUGGAAUGUAUUUAGAGCCAGACUUUUUAGAGAAUCAUGUGUUUAUCAUAGAGGGAAUUACGUUAAAGAUUUAAAUAAACUCGGUAGAGAUUUACAGAAAAUAGUUAUCGUUGAUAAUUCGCCAGCGAGCUACAUAUUCCAUCCAGAUAAUGCUGUACCCGUAAAAUCCUGGUUUGACGAUACCACUGACUCCGAACUGCUGGAUUUGAUUCCAUUAUUCGAAAAGUUAAGCAAAGUAGACUCAGUAUAUAGCGUUUUAUGUAAUUCAAAUCAACCAAUUCAACAAACCGGAAGUCCGCCCAAUCUAAACGAUAUCGAUAACACGUAACAGUGGGAAUCCUACAUAAUUUACAUUAAUUAAGAUUUUGAAACAUACAUAUAAAUAAUUGAAUUUGAAUUAUCAAAUGGAA